AAAUUGGACAAGCACUGUUUUGACAUCCUGCCAAACAGCAGCAUGGAAAGUAAUUCAACCCGGAAAAGAGGAUGUGCUGAAGGUCUCAUGCAAACAAGUACAAAGUAUUUAAGAUAUUUGAAUUGUUCCAGCUCAGUCACAACUAAAAUGAGAGUCUGCAUGGGAACCUUUCGAGGCAUAUUCGCCGCGAACAUAUCGAAUUCUUCUCUUUGCACGGAGCAAACUAAGAUGAAGAAGUGUCUGAAGAAUGUGAUGCUUACUGAGUGUACCUUCCCCCCUGAAGCGCUGGAAUUGUUUAACUUGACUUUUGCUGGCCAAAAUCCUUUCUGCGCUGAUAAUCGGAACCCUGGGGCUACCGGAAAUGACCAGUGCAACGGCGUGAAAAACAUAACUGGACCCGCCGCCGCAUUCCUUCGCAACGAUAAACCCAAUAGUAUCAAUGCGGCCGCUGGCAUCAAAACCAGUGUUUUGCAGGCGUUUUUGUCUGUUUUCCCGACCACUUGGUUCUUUUUCAGCUUUUAAAGAGGGUACUCUCACAAUCCUUGUUUUUAAACGUUUUAAGGCAAAUUUUAAAAGUUGUGGUAUUGAGCGAGGAAUUUGAGCUGCUAGCUUAUCAAAAGUCUGCAAUGUUUCCUUGUAUUGUUUGCCUUUUAUUUCAUUAACAAGCACUUUCUUAACAUGAUCAUUUCAUAAAUCGAAAGUAAUGAAAGUUUAAAUAAAAUAAUGUUAAAAAGAGACCUUUUUU